AUGGACCCAGAACCAGGAUCAAAAACAAUCCUCAAUCUGUGACUGAUAUAGCAGAGGGUUUCAAUAGCAGAGUUUAUCAGAAGCAGCCAAUGGGAGAGCAUAAUAUUGCUUUGCAAUUAAGUCCAGUCCAGGAAAUGGUUAACCCUUGCUUUGGUAGAGAAGCAGGGUGUGGCUGAGAAGUUCACAUAGAACACUGAGACCCAGCAGGUUUGGGAUGUAGCCAGAAUAGAAGAUAUGAACUUGCAGAGCAGACCAGGACAAGUCACCUGGGUCAAAGGCAUGCAGCCAGAGGAGAGAUGUAUGCAGUGCAAAAGUAGCCCUCCUGCUCAUCCUAUAGUUUGGACUACUGCAUUCAGACAAGAUUUCUGUUUUUUAGCAAGGCCCCUGUGUUAGCAAGAUGUCACUGAGAAGUGAGAAAAAAAUCGAUUCUUCUGCAUUAAAGAAGAUUGCUGCAGACAUGAGUAACCUAAUUGAAAAUCUUGACACCAGUGAGCUUCACUACGAUGGGGAAGAGGUGGACUGUGAUGUCAUCACUGACCCCAAAACGAAUGGUGUCAGCAUUCCCUUUUCCGCUAUUUAUUGCACGAAAGGUUUUAAGGAGCCCGACCUUCAAUCCUACUUAACAGGAUGCCCCAUUAAAGUCCGGGUUCUAGAAGUGGAGAGAUUUGCUUCAUCGUCUUCCUCAAAGACAUCCGUUUUGAACAUUUACACAAUUGAGCUAACUCAUGGGGAGUUCAUAUGGCAAGUUAAGAGGAAAUUCAAGCACUUUCAAGACCUCCACAGAGAACUGCUUCGGUACAAAGCUUUCAUCAGAAUCCCUAUUCCUACUAGGAGCCACACAGUGAGAAGACAAACAGUAAGAAGUGGAGAUGUCAGGUCAAUGCCAAAUCUGCCCCGCAACGCAGAGAUCGUUAGAGAAGAGCAGUCUUCAAGUAGAAGGAAACAACUGGAGGAUUACUUGGCAGCGCUUUUAAAGAUGCCCUUGUACAGGAAUUACCAUGCAACAAGAGAAUUUAUUGAUGUGAAUCAGCUAUCCUUUAUCCAUCAGCUUGGACCGAAGGGCAUAGAAGGCAUGAUCAUGAAGAGGUCUGGUGGGCACAGAAUACCUGGUCUGAAUUGCUGUGGACAAGGAAGUGUUUGCUAUCGAUGGUCAAAGAGGUGGCUGGUUGUGAAGGAUUCUUUCCUUUUGUACAUGAAGCCUGACACUGGAGCCAUUUCCUUUGUCCUGUUAGUUGACAAGGAAUUCAACAUAAAGAUUGGGAAGAAAGACACGGAGACCCAGUAUGGUUUACGAGUGGACAAUCUCACCAGGUCUUUAAUUUUGAAGUGUAACAGCUAUAGACACGCACGAUGGUGGGGUCAGGCCAUCGAAGAAUUUGUUAGGAAGCAUGGGAAAAACUUUCUGACGGAACACAGAUUUGGAUCAUAUGCAGCAAUCCAAAAAAACACUCUCUGCAAAUGGUAUGUCAAUGCCAAAGGAUAUUUUAAUGAUGUGGCUGACGCAAUGGAAGCGGCAAAGGAAGAAAUUUUCAUUACAGAUUGGUGGUUAAGCCCAGAAAUAUUUCUAAAGCGUCCAGUUGUGGAAGGAAACCGAUGGAGACUGGAUUGUAUUCUGAAGAGAAAAGCCCAACAAGGUGUGAAGAUUUUUGUCAUGUUGUAUAAGGAAGUAGAACUGGCACUGGGUAUAAACAGCGAGUACAGCAAAAGAACUCUCCUGCGUAUACAUCCUAAUAUUAAGGUGAUGAGACAUCCGGAUCAUAUGUCUUCAUCUGUGUACUUGUGGGCACACCAUGAAAAAUUAGUAGUUAUUGAUCAAUCUGUGGCUUUUGUUGGAGGAAUUGACCUUGCUUACGGACGAUGGGAUGAUGAUGAGCACAGGCUAACAGAUGUGGGAAGUGUCAAGAGAAUGGUAUCGGCACAGUCCACCACUGGCAUAAACAUGGUCUUGUCAGGGUCCAUGCAGGCUUUGAAUGGUGAAGACAAGUCCAACAGGAAAACGAGCUUCCAAGUUAAGGACACAAAAGAUGAAGAAGUGGUGGAUAGCUCGAAGAUCCGGGGGCUGGGCAAAUCCCGAAAGUUUGCUAAGUUCAGCCUGUAUAAACAGCUCCACAAGCACAACCUCCAACAUGCAGACAGUGUCAGCAGCAUAGACAGCCAGUCACGCAUUACUGAUGCUCACAGUAGUCAGCAGAAAUUAAUCCAUGGUUUUAAAUCACAUCGGAGGUUGUUUCAUCCCUUGAGUGGUUCUGUUCGAAAGUUCACUCAGUAUAAGACUGAAAGGGGGUCUGUUCACAGCUUACAGACUGGUGUGGGAGAACUUCUUGGUGAAACGCGAUUCUGGCACGGGAAAGAUUACUGCAACUUUGUCUUCAAAGACUGGGUACAGCUGGAGAAACCCUUUGACGACUUCAUUGACAGAUACCAGACACCCAGAAUGCCCUGGCAUGACAUUUCUUCAGUGGUACAUGGGAAAGCUGCACGUGAUGUGGCGAGACACUUCAUUCAGCGCUGGAACUUUACAAAGAUAAUGAAGCCCAAGUACCGUUCCCUAUCCUAUCCUUACCUGCUACCUAAAUCUCAGAACACCGCCAAAGAACUACCGUAUCAGGUUCCAGGGUCACUUUAUGCCAAUGCACAGGUUAUCCGUUCUGCAGCAGACUGGUCAGCUGGGAUUAAGUACCAUGAAGAGUCUAUCCACAAUGCAUAUGUGCAUGUGAUUGAGAACAGCAAGCACUACAUCUACAUUGAGAAUCAGUUCUUUAUCAGCUGCUCUGACAAUAAAGUAGUAUUUAACAAGAUUGGAGAUGCCAUUGCACAGAGGAUCAUUAAAGCUCACAGGGAAAACAAAAGGUACCGAGUGUUUGUGAUCACUCCCCUGCUCCCAGGGUUUGAAGGAGAUAUUUCAACUGGUGGAGGAAGUGCAUUGCAGGCUGUCAUGCACUACAACUACAGAACCAUUUGCAGAGGAGAACACUCUAUCAUUGAACAGCUAAGAGCAGAAGUUGGGGAUAAAUGGCUGAACUACAUUUCCUUCUGUGGUCUUCGGACACAUGCAGAACUGGACGGAAACCUUGUUACUGAACUGAUAUAUGUUCACAGCAAGCUGCUUAUUUCUGAUGAUAACACAGUCAUUAUUGGUUCAGCUAAUAUUAAUGACCGCAGCAUGAUGGGGAAGCGUGACAGUGAGAUGGCUGUUAUUAUACAAGACACAGCGACUGUUCACUCGGUCAUGGAUGGAGAGGCUUAUGAAGCUGGGAAAUUUGCCCUGUCACUUCGGAUGCAUUGCUUCAGGCUUCUCCUUGGUUGCCUUAAUGAUCCGUCUGCCAAUAUCCAGGACCCUAUUAGUGAUAAAUUUUUCAAAGAGGUGUGGGUGGCAACAGCUGCUCGCAACACAACCAUAUUUGACAAAGUGUUCCGAUGUCUUCCAAGUGAUGAGGUGCAAAACUUUUUCCACCUACCCGAUUUCCUUGCCAAGACAGCACUGGCCACCCAGGAUCGUGUCAAAGCACAGGAAGAACUACAGAGAAUUCGUGGGUUUGUGGUCCACCUACCUUUUUUAUUCCUGUCUGGAGAAAACCUCUUACCUUCGGUGGGCACUAAGGAGGCUAUUGUGCCCAUGGAAACCUGGACCUGAAAAGAUUUUUUUAAUAUGAUAAAAAAACAAACUGGAAUUGCCAAAGGUCCAGAAACGUUAUGCAGAACCAGGGACCAUACUAUUGGACACUAAAUCUUCAUUCACUUCCUUUACACUUUAAACCAUUAAGUUCUCAAAUUAUAUUUAUUUUCUUUGUCGAAAUUUACAAACCUUUAUUCAUGUUCUUAAUUGUGUAAUGUUAAGAUGUAACGUGUUGAAUUGGAUCCUGCCGCAUGUGGCUCUAUCCACUGUAUUUACAGUACGGGCUAAUGAUGUAUUAGGUUAUAGUGUAAUACAUGAUCACUGUAUUUUACAUACAGUGUGUGGCCUGCAACAUGAAACGUAAUUACCUGGUAGGGUAAAAGUUCUGCUGCAGACCAUAGUAUAAUCGGUAACCUAUGAAUGGUAAUGGUUUCCUGUGGUAAAUGUGACCGCACCAUGCCACUGCCCAGCUGUUAUAGAACUGCAACUCAAAAUGUUUGGCUGAGCCAAGUAGCCAGCGUGCCCCAGAUUAAUUUUUUUAUUACCAGAUCUGUCCAUAUUAUUAUUGAACACUAACAUUCCUUUUGGCAAACAGAGCUGCUAUCUGCAUGUGGUGCCAUGUGCUGCCAAGUACUUGGGAAUAGAUGGAAAGUAAGACCUAUGUCUUUUCUCUGUGAUCUGUCCUGUUCGUGUAUUUUAACUUGCAUUCAGAAUAACCAAGAACCAUGAAAUUCAUGUGCCAACUACAUCUGCGUACUAGGCAGUGUCAGAGAAUGACACUUUAUUGUAUGUCAACCCAUAAACUAAAUGGAGAGGUGGUCAAGCAUACCACUGCUGCAUUCACACAGGGGAUUCAGGAACCCACAUUCUCAAGCAGUUAGAUCUCCAGCGAUCAUACAUUUCUCACCUAUCCAGUGUAGUUGAUGGAAACCCCCUUUAAAUACAGACCUCUAUGAGAUGGAGGUGAGCAGCUACGGCAUUGAGCGUAGAAAGCCAACGCUCAUUAUGCUGCUAGUUGCCAUUGGAAGAACUGUAUCACACACGUAACAGUUUAGAUGACCACUUUUUUGUUUUUCUGUUCGCCAAAUUACUACACAAUUUCUAGUAGACAGACUAAGUCAAAUACAAUGCAAAUCACUAGAGCACUAGAGAUACAGACAUUUAAAAAUCAGGACUACUGGGAGAUCUGAGCUCCUAGAUAAAAAUCUGAUUGCAGCACCAGAUUAGUAGAUACGAUGUAAGGGCUGAUUCACAUGGGCAGAUUGAGUCAAUUGUCAGGAACAAACAUUUCGUACAAAUGCUCGUACUGACAGUAUUGUCAUAUGUAAAUGUGCUGCCGAUCACCCCACCUAUGAGCAAACAGGUCUUCCAUCAUUUGUGCAGCACAUCUCCAUCUGUAAACAGGGAUGCUGGAUGGGGAUUACCAAAUUUAGUAAUGAUCGUUGAUCCCCAUACAGAGGGGAAGAAUGCUGCAGGUGAAUGCAGAAUUAGGGUGGUGUCACACACAGAUUGUGGCGGUGGUUUUUUGAGCCAUGGCCAGAAGUGGACCCAGCAAAAAGGAGAAGUCUUGACUCCCAUACAUAUUA